AUGCUCGAAGGGCUGCGAAAGAGGUUUGCUCAAGCGGGCACAAAUUCGGCCCACUGCUCCCCGGAUGACGAAGAAAAUGAUGGUGAAGAGUCAGCGCUGGUGCCUCGAGCCAGGAAACCCAUCGAAGCCGCCAAGCCCUCCGAACUAGAGACCUCAUCUUGUGGUGAGGGAACCCCGAAGAAAGAUGCGACCCCCGUGUCCUCGGAGGUUGAGAUUGUUCCUCUGCCUUCAUCAAAUAUGCCGGAAGGGGUAAAUGCCGAUACCCCCAAAGUUAAUGAGAACGCCCUGAGCGACGAGCUCGGGGCCAUGACAACAGGUCACUCCCUUUCUCUACCAACUUAUUCCGAGGGGGCAAUAGAGGAAGCCAACACUCUGCGUAUGCCCGAUCCAAACAAGGUCCUCGAAGAAGAUCCCUUUCAGAGUUGCUUCGCUGGGAUCGAUGACACUAUCGACCUCAAUGAUGCUUCCGCCCUGUUUGAAGAAGCUCAAUAUCUCCUCUCUCGGUUUAGAGCUAAGCUGAGCCAAUGUGAGGUCGAGCUCAAGAAAGUUUCGGGCGAAAAGAGGGCCCUGAGGCUCCUUUGUAGCCAAAAGGAGGAGGAGCUAAAGGCUCUUCGGACUGAGUUGGCCAAAGCCCAGAAAAAUGAAGCCGAGCUAGAUGAGCAGGUAACCGUGAUAUCAACAAGGUACGGUCUUCUUGGAUCUACUUCAGAGGCUAAGACAACGAUAUCUCAACUGCAGCAAAAGUUGGCGGUGAUUGGGCAGCUCCGGAGCGAGGUUGAUCAAGUUAAAGCUGAUUGCCAUAGGUGGAAGAAGAACAUGGAUCAGCUCGCUGCCGAUAAGGAAGCUGUUACAGACCAACUGGCCUCGGCUGAAACUCGGCUCCAAGGCAUUGAAGCGAAGGGUCUGGCUCAGGCCAAGAAGAUUGAGGAGUUAGGGGCAGAGCUUGCUAGAGCCCAAGCCAAAGCUGUACAGGCUAAGGCCGAAGCUGAGAAGACAAAGGCUGUAGCUGAAAAAUCCAUUGCCAUGUACUUAAGGGAUGUCACGGCUGGCAAUGAGUUGGCCAAGUGCCGGGCCCGAAGGGAGACUCUCGAAGAAAUCCAUGCCCGAGGGUUCAACCUUGCCGAGGAGAUAGCCGAGGCAAAGGCGCGGGAAACCAAUGCCAGGUUUCUUGAUUCUUCCGACGAUGAGGAUGUAGAGAGUGGCUCCGGGGACGGGGAAGGUGAAGAAGAUGUUCUCGAGGGAGAAGAGGCUCCCGAAGAUAGAGCUGCCGAAGGUGCAGCUCAUGAGGAUGGCGCUCUCGGGGAUAUGACCUCGAAAAUAGAUUAG